CGGAAUGACGACGGAACCGGAGCAGUGGAUCCCUGUUCCGUUAUCGAAAACAUACGACACGAAAUCGACCCGGGCGGGUGCCGCUGGCCGGAUGAGCGGGAUAACGAGCCGAGACUGAUAGGCGAGAGGAUGUCGGGGAGGCCUCUGGAUGGAUCCAUUCCUCCAACGGAAGAAAACUCUCAGGAAAGUUAAAACUUGUUUCGACUAAGGCCGGCCAUUUCUCGAGGACCUCCUCCUCUUCCUCCCCUCCUCCUCAUCCUCCUCCUCCUCUUCGUCUUCUCUCGACAUAAGCUUGACGCGCCAUGGCGCCGCACUCAAACCGCUACACUGUGUACGUGGCGUUGCACGUUUGUUUUUUAUCGUCCCGCUUUGACGCGGCCGCCGCGGCAGCGGGCGUUUCGUCCGUCUCGGGGCUGUUGCCGCCUUACGAUCUGCUGUAUUACUCCGGGGUCCGUGCGUACUUCUCUCAGGAGUGGGACAAGGCUGCGGAACUGCUGGAGAAAUCCCUCUCGACCAAGGAUGCGCUCUUCCGAACCCGACGGCGAUGCCACGACGACUGUGCGGCGGCGGGACAAGACAGACUUGCAGAAUUGGACGCGGGGGCGGGCGGUCUGUGGGACCUGUGGGUCCUGGACUGGGCGCAGCAGAAGGCUGAAUGUUUGAGAUUUUGUGUUGGACGGACCGUCACCCCAGCCGGAGUGCUGCCCGUCUCUUCGGACAUAGAGUAUGAGUUCGGCACCCGCAACCCGUACAACUUCCUGCAGAUCACUUAUUACAAACUGGGCAAGUUGCCGAAGGCGGCGUCGGCCGCUCACACCUUCUUUGUGGCCAACCCCAGCCACCUGGAAAUGAGAAACAACAUUGAGAAGUACAGACGGAUGGACGGGGUAACGGAAGAUGCCUUCCAGGAUAGAGAGAUUGAGAAUGAGAAGCACUGGGCUUUGUACAAUUCUGCACUCGCUCUUGAGGCGUCUUCCAAUUGGGUUCAUGCAGUUGAGAAAUGGAAAGAGUGUGUGAAUGAAACCCUGAGACAGACGGAGGAGUGCAGGGUGCAGUGUGAGGUGGCAUCCCAGCGCCUGCCGGAGGACAGGGGAGUGGAUGGACUGGGCGGAGUGUUUGAGAAGGCUGCGGCUCUCUCCCUCUCCCUGCUCUCAUGCCGGCAGUCCUGCGUGACCCAGGUGGCCACGCGACCCGGGAGGAUCUCGGCUCAAGAGGACUUCCUGCCCACACAGCUGGAGCAUCUGCACAUUGCACAGUUUAAAGCCGGUGACCUUGGUGGUGCAGUGCAGACUCUUCGCUCCCUCCUUCUGUUCUACCCCUCAGACACAGACUCCCUUGGCAACCUGCAAUUCUACUAUGAGACACUAGGGGGAGAUACCGAGUCACAGGGCACGCAGCCUGCUCAGGAGAUUGUCCAGUAUGUGAGUCGAGCUUUGCAGGAGAAAACGUUGCUCUAUUUUGGGAUGGAGAAUCUCGACUUCGAUUUCGUUGACCCGGAUCUAUGGACCCCGGAGGAUAUCAUACCCGAAUCCCUGAGGGAGGCGUGGAGAGCUGAGAAAGAGAAACUGAAUGAGAAAAUGAAGGAGGGCGAACCGCAGGAGGAAAUGGAUGACAGCGGGUUUUAUGCAGGGGGUACCGUCCCUCAGGUUGGUGUGACUAUCACCAUGGACGAUGCGGCGUUGAACGGGACCAAUCGUGUUGUGCUAGACGGCGUAAUGACUCAGAAAGAGUGCGACACAAUUCUGCAGUUAGCCACUGCUGCAGCAUCAGCUGGAGACGGUUACCGGGGACGACGGUCUCCGCACACACCUCAUGAAAAGUUCGAAGGCCUGACUGUCCUCAGGGCUGCUAAGUUGGCUCAGGACGGCAUGGUGAACCAGUCAGACGCCAGGCUGCUGCAUGAGCUGGGCGAGAGGGUACGAGUCCUGCUGCACUCUUAUUUCAGGAGCCCCUCGGGACUCUUCUUCUCAUUCACACACCUGGUCUGCCGCAGCGCUAUCACAGGGGACCAGGAGGGCAGGCUGGACCUGUCUCACCCCGUGCAUGUUGACAACUGUCUCCUGGAGCCGGAGACCAGGAGCUGCUGGAGGGAAGCACCAGCUUUCACACACAGAGACCUUAGUGCUGUUCUUUACCUGAACGACAACUUCGAUGGUGGAGAACUCUUUUUCACUAACAGGGAUGCCAAGACCAUCACAGCUCGAGUGAAACCCCGCUGUGGUCGUCUGGCGGGCUUUUCUGCCGGUCCAGUAAAUCCCCACGGAGUGACUGCCGUGACUGCUGGCCGAAGAUGUGCGCUGGCCCUUUGGUUCACCAAGGAGAAACUCCACAAGGAUGUGGAGCGUGAGGAGGCCGAGGCCCUGUGGGCUGCGGAUGGUGUGAGCGUGGUGAAGAAGGAGGGUGAGGCGGAGGCCAGCGCCAACUCCGGCCGGAGCGGUAGAAGCCAGGCACCAAGGGAGCGGGGCAGAGGGCGAGGCAGGGUGACGGGGGGCAAGGAUGAGCUGUGAGACCCACAGUCGACCCGACAGACUGCCUAUAUUUCACAUGAUUUAGGAGGACAAGGAACAAGGAGCCCCCCGCUCCGACCCUGUCUGACCACAAACACCAGGAACUCAAUUUUUGGCGAAGUUUAAGCCCCCCCCCCCCCCCCACACACACACACACACACACACUCCUCCACCAUCGCUACAGAGCCUGCAUGCAUGUGUGUUUGUAUGUAGACUAUAUGAGAGUCGGUGAAUGUCUGUUUGUCUUGUCCCUCUGGGGUCGUCCUGGAGUGUUGUGUCAGUCACUGUGCGUGCCUUAUUGUCUGUUACAUAAGAAAUAUUUCACACCCUUGGAACGUAAAUGGAAUAAAAGAGAAAAUAAAUCUCCAAAAAACUGAAAAUAAAUAAAACUCU